AUGACUGGCAGUCUUCUUCUGCCGGUUCGCGGUACCGUCGUCAUGGCCUUCGCAGGACCUUCGAGGGUUGCGGAAAGGAGUUUGCACACGACGGCGGCAGUGUCAUCAUCACGACCUUAUCACUCUCGCAGAUGCAGACCUCCUCAAGCUUCAUCGACACCUUCGAUCACACAUUCUUUGUCACGAUCAGCAAGGGCACCACCGUCUCCAUGGCAGACAAGAUCUCUGGCGGAGCCUCGCUGGGCUCGUACGUACUCGGCCAAGGCGACUGCACCACCAGAGCCCGUGGAACCCUCCUUGGGCAUUGAUCGAGACCCGGUUGUGCGUCUGGCUAAGCUUCGCAUGGCAAAGCGUCAGCGCUUGCUCGAAUCAACAGAAGGUGUCGACAAUGCAGAAGUAGGAAAGCAACUGAAGGAACUCGAUCCACUGCGACAGGCAUGGGAGACCUUCUCGUCAAAGCGCAAACAGCUCGUCACUACCCUCAACAUGAGACAAAACGAUCCAGACGAGGACAUGCGGGCGCUGGCAUCCGAGGAGGUAACAUUGCUUGAGGAAGAGCUGUCAAACUUGCGAUCAGACAUGGAGGCGCUUAUCCUGGCAUCCGUGACCGAUGCUAUCGAAUCGCAGGCUGUCGGUGCAGUGCUUGAAGUUCGCCCCGGUGUUGGAGGUCAAGAAUCCACGCUCUUCACCGCGGAAGUGGCUCGCAUGUACGAGCGGUUCUGCGAACAGAAGCCGGUAGAUGAGGACGGAUCGGGAGAAUGGCAAGUCGAGAUGCUGUCAAGUACGAGUGUCGACGUCUCUUCCUCGUCCUCUGGAUCAGGUGCAGGCCUCAAAGAAGCCAUCAUUGAGGUGAAAGGCAAAGGCGUCUUCCAGAAGCUCAAGUUUGAAGCCGGUGUUCACCGCGUCCAGCGCAUCCCAUCAACGCAGAGCUUGGGCAAGCUGCAAACAUCGACGAUCGCAGUGAUGGUAUUACCUAUCUCUGAAGGGUCUGAAAGCAAGGCGGACGACCUCGUGGACCCAAAGGAUGUCAAGGUCGAGGUGAUGCGAUCACGUGGAGCAGGUGGACAGCACGUCAACAAGACCGAGUCUGCCAUUCGGCUCACCCACGAGCCCACCGGUAUCUCGGUCUCUAUGCAGGACAGUCGUUCGCAGCAUCAGAACCGCACCAAGGCUUGGGCAGUUCUGCGAGCACGACUGCUUGACCGCAAAUUGAAGCAAGAGGUGGAGGGCAAUCGCGAACGCCGUCUUGCACAAGUGGCAAGCAUGGAUCGAAGCGACCGUGUCCGCACGUACAACUUCCCACAGGACCGCGUCACAGAUCACCGCAUCAACCUCAGCUUGAAUGGUAUUGAUGCUAUCAUGGAAGGCGAGCACGACCCAAGCACAGGUCUCGACCACAUCAUGGAGAGCCUCCGUAUCGAGAGCGAGAAUCGCAAGAUCAAGGCUUUGCUGGAGAACGAGGAGGCCGGGGCCGCGGAGGCUGCGUCCCCAUCCCCCGUCAAAAGCCGGAAGUAG